AUGUCUGAGCGCAACGCUCAACAGCAGCAGCACCCGCUGCUGCCUCAUGUGCAGCGUCGAGUGCAGCCUCAGCAGCAACAGCAGCACCAGCAAGAGCAGCAACAGAAACAGCAACAACAUGAGAAGAAACCCCAGCAAAACGAGGUGCAGCAGCAGCAGGUGCGGCAGCAGCUGCUUCACCAGCACCAGAAACAACCACAGCUGCAGCAGCAGCAGUUGCGGCGGCAACAGCAUCAGCAGCUGCAGGAGCAGCAGCAGGACCAACUGCAUCAGCAUCAGCAGCCGCAUCAUCAGGCCCCGCAGCAACAGACACCGUAUCAGCAGGCCCAGCAGCAGAGUCUGCUACAUUCAUAUCAACCAUGGCCUCAUCAGCAGCAACAGCAGCUGCAGCUGCAGCAUGAGCACGUGUUGCAGUCUCCGCUGCAGCGGCAUUUCGCGCCGCAGCAACAAGCCCAACAGGACAAGCUGCAGCGUCAGCAUCAGGCAGAGAAGCAGCAGCAACAAGUGCAACAACAAGUACAGAAACAGCCACAACAACAACCUCAGCAGCAGGGGCAGCAUUACCAGCACCUACGGCCAAACCAGCCGCAGCAGCUCUCCCCUUUGCGCUGCUCACCGCGAGCUACACCGCAGCAGCAGCAGCAACAGCAGCAAGCACAGGAUUGGCAGCAGCAACAGCAGCAAACGCAGCAAGUACAACAGCAGCAGCGAGAGCAACUGCAGCAACAGCAGAAGCAACGACUACAGCAGCAUAAACCACACCCGGUACAGCAGCAGGAUCAUCAGAAGCACCAGCAACUUCAGCGGUGCGGAGUAAACAGGCCACAGCAGCAGCGGCAACCGCAGCAGCACCAGCAGCAGUUGCAGGCUGUGCCAGGCAGCCUACUACACCAGCAGCAAUGGCAACAGCAACGGCAGCAACAACAGCAGCGGCAACAGCAGCAAUCAUCUCCAUCAAAACUGGGCCAAGCACGGCAUUUGCUGCAUCAGAAACAAUUGCAGCAGCAACCACUGCAGCAACAACAACUGCAGCAGCAGCCACCGCAACAACAACCCCUGCACCAGCAGCAGCAGCAACAGCAACAGCCACUGCAGCAGCUACCAGUGGAGCAGCAGCCGCUGCAGCAGCGGCAACCGCUGCAGCGGCAACCACUGCAGCGGCAACCACUGCGGCAGCAACCUCCCCAACAGCAACAAAAGCAGCAACAGCAACAACCACAGCAGCAACAGCGACAAACACUACAGCAACCGCAACGACAACUGCAGCACGAACCACAGCAGCAGCCAUUGCAGCAGCUGCCACAACAGCAUCAACCACUGCAACAGCCGCAACCACUGCAGCAACAGCACCAACCUGUGCAGCAGCAACCGCUGCAGCAGCAACAACAACUCCAGCAACAGCAACUUCUGCACAAGCAACCCCUGCACCACCAACCGUUGCAGAAGCAGCAACCCUUGCAGCAGCAGCAGCAACCCUUGCAGCAGCAGCAGCAACCCUUGCAGCAGCAGCAGCAACCCUUGCAGCAGCAGCAGCAGCAACCUCUGCAGCAGCAGCAACCCCUGCAGCACGAGCAACUACUGCAGCGCCAGCAACCGCCUCUGCAGUAUCAGGAACGGCAACAGCAGCUGCAGCAGCAAUCGCCACAACAGUGGCAGCAGCUGCAUUAUCAUCUGCAACAGCAGCAGUUACAACUGCAGCACCAGCAGCAGCAGCCGCAAACCUCUUCCAGCCUGGCCCGCACCUGUGGGGCUCCGCAACAGCAGCAGCAGCACCAAGUGCUUCAGCAGAACCUGCAACGGGAGCAGCAGCAGCAGCAGCAAGACAAGAAAUGUGAAGGAGAUGAAGCAAGCUUGCUGCUGGCAGCAUUCCUUCCCGUUGCUGCUGUCUUAGAAGCAUUUAAAGACAUUCGUGGCAUUAAGUGUCUCCUUCCUUGGCAAAGAGAUUGUCUCCUUGUCUCCAGACCAGCAGCGGCAGUAAAUGUUGCUGCUGCGUCUGGUACCCACGCUAAGUCUGCUGCUGCUUUGGAUGCUGGUACUCCUCGCGCUUCAGCGGAGGGCGCUGCUGUCUUGGCUCCGGCUGCAGGUUCAGCAGCAGCAGCAGCAGCAGCCGCAGCAGCAACCCCUCCCAGAAAAGCAGCAGUACACUCAACAGCAGCGGCAGCAGCAGCAGGAGCUGCUGCUGUUGCUGCUGGAAUUGCCUUGCGUUGGCCUCGACGAGUAGCAGCAGCAACAGCAGCAACAACAACAACAACAACACCAGCAACCACAGCGGCAGCACCACCACCUGCUGCUACCGCCGCUGCUGCAGACUCGCGAGUGUUGAAUGGAUCUUUAAGCAUUUUGUAUUCUGCCCCCACAGGGGCAGGAAAAGGUCUCGUUGCUGAGCUGAUUCUGUUGCGUCAUGUAUUCGGUUUGCUGCAGCUCCCACCGCUAGACACACUGCAGCAGCAGCAGCAGAUGCAGCAACAGCUGCAGCUGCAGUGGCCCACAGCCUUAGCAGCAGCAGCAGCAGGCACCCCCGAUUCUCCAUCCCCAUCUCCAUCCCCCCACACAGCAGCACCACCACCAACAGGAGCACCAGGAGAAGCAGCAGCAGCAGCAGCGAGUUGCAUGCAUUCACCUCGAAGGGCAAUUGUUGUGCUGCCUUUUGUCGCUUUAAUUGACGAGCAGCAGCAAAAGCUGCAGCGUCUAUUUGCUGCUGCUGAGCUACCAUUAAAAGUUGUUGCGCUGCAUCACUGCAGCAGAGACACCGCAGGGUUAGAAGCAGCAGCAGAUGCUGCUACCUUCGAUGUCGCCUUCUGUACAGUAGAAAAAGCAGCAGCGCUGUUGCAGCAGCUGGCAUCAAAGAAUCUGCUGCUGCAGCAAGUGGGGCUGCUUGUUGUAGAUGAACUGCAUGCGCUCGAAGACAGCAGCAGAGGGGCCCUUCUUGAGUGUCUCCUUUCUCUAGUAGUAUAUUGCAACACCAAGCUGCAACUGCAGCAGCAACAGCAGCAGCAGCAGCAGGUACUGCUGCCUAUUCAGGUCGUAGGGAUGUCUGCUACCCUCAGCAAUAUACACGAAGUUGCUGCCUGGCUGUCUGCUGCUGUUUACUCGAAUCCCCACAGACCCCUCCCGCUGCAGGAGUCCUAUUGCUGCUGCAGCGCAGCAGCAUCAGCAGCAGCAUCAACGGCAGCAGCGAGAGGACCUGAAGGCAAAGGUGCCCAAACGACUGCAACAGAAAAAAAUCAACAGUCUGCACGUCUGUUCGUCAAGCCUGCUGUUGCUGCUGCUGCUCCUGGUAGCCCACAGCAGCAAUGGCCGGAAGUCAAGCUCCCGCCACCCCUGACGCCGCUGCUGCUGCAGCUGCACAAACAGCAGCAGGAGCAGCAAAAGCAGGAGCAACAGCAACAACAACAACAGCAGCAGCAGCAGCAUGGGAAAUUUACAGAUAGCAACUCGCAAUGCCCCACGCUUGCGACGGCUACUGCUCGUGAGCCGUUGCUGCGGCUGUUGCUCCUGCUGCUGCAGCAAGGAGACAGCGUUCUCAUCUUCUGUCGCAGCCAAGCAGCAGCAGAAACUGUUGCUCUUCUUGCUGCGCAUUAUGUCAUCCCCCUGCUGCAGCGGAACCUAGCGCAGCAGCAGCAAUCUCAUCUUGAGCAGCAACAACAGCAGCAGCAACAGCAACAGCAGCAACAGCUGCAGCGCUUUUAUUUCCUCUCCCCCGAUGCAGCACAGUUGCGCAUGCGUCGUGUGCGCAACGUGGCGGUGCUGCAAGGGGGGGAGGUGAAGGCAGCAGUUGCUGCUGCUGCUGCCGCUGGGGUGUCUGUACACCAUGGUUCUCUAACAGCAGAAGAACGCCGUCUAUCAGAGAGUCUCUUUAGGGAGGGACUCAUUAGAGUUCUUGCAGCAACUUCAACUCUUGCUGCUGGUGUCAACUUCCCUUGCGACUCCGUGUUGUUUGAUUCGCCCCACAUCGGCAGCAGUUUCUUGGAUGCCAUUCACUUUAGACAAAUGGCGGGCCGAGCAGGCCGCAUGCAGGACAAAACCAAGCAGCAGCAGCAGCAACAGCAGCAGAAGCAGCAGAAGGGGGGUCGUGCGAUAGUAUUUUGUAAGGCUUCGGAGGAAGCAAGGGUACAGCAGCUGCUGCUGCAAGGCACCCCACAAGUUAACAGCGCAUUAAAAGAAGACAGCAGCGGCAUGCAAAGACUUUUAUUAGCUGCUCUUAGCUGCAGCAGGGGUUUGCUGCGUUGCAGCGGCAGCAACGAAGACAUCGCCCUCCUCGUCUGCUGCACCUUCCUUGUUACCCAACACCGCACCCGCCUGAUGCAGCAGCAGCAGCAACAGCAGCAGCAACAGCAGCAGCAACAGCAGCAGCAAGAGGAUCACGAGGAGGAGAUGGACAGUCAGCUUGCUGCGCUAGUGCAUCGGGAGACAACUGCUGCUGUCUCCGAGUUGCUGCGCUUAGGGUUGCUGCGUUUUGCUGCUGGUCGUUACGAAGCAACAGCAACAGGACGUGCUGUUGCUGCUGCUGCUCUGUCUCCUCAAGAAGGUGCAGCAGCAUGCUACACGGUUGCUGCAGCAAGCAGCAGCUUAGCCCUUCAUGACGAUUUGCCUUUGGUCUUUUUGAUUUCUCCAACUCUGCCGCUGCCAGCAGCAGCUGCUGCUGCAGCUGCUGCAGCGCGACGAGCACGGGAUGCAACAGCAGCAGCAGCAGCUGCUGCUGCUGCUGCUUCUGCUGCUCUUACUGCAGAUAACCUCAGACACCUAGAGAGAAGCAUGCUGCGCAUGCAACCAUCAGAGCGCCUCGCCUUAGAUCGAAUGGGUGUGGGACUGGAGCAGCUACGUGCCUUUAUCAGCAUGCCCAAACGCGACCCUGCUGCUGCGGCUGCUGCUGCUGCUGCUACUGCUGCUGUUGUGCCCAGUAGUGACACCGAGCAGCAGCAGAAGCAGCAGCAACAGCAGAAACAACACCAACAGCAACCGGGUGAACACCUACAGGUUACUGUGAGAGAUUGUGUUCUCGCAUGCCCUACCGCAGCAACAGCAGCAGCACCUGCAGCAGCAGCACCAACACCACCAGCAGCAGCAGAAGCAGGAAGUGGUCAAGGUGGCCAUUGGAUCAUUGCUUUGCUGCUGCUGCAGCUGCGGCAGCGGCUGCUGCUGCUGCACGAGACACCCGAGCAGCAGCAACUGCAGCAGCUGCUGGAUAUUGAUGGCAUCUCCCUGCCUGUUGCCCGUCUGCUGCAACACCACCUAGGUGCGCGAAAACCCCAGAAGGCAUUGAAGGAGCUGGAGCAACAGCAGCAGCAACUCCAACAGCAGCAGCAGCAACAACAACAGCAGCAGGAUCGCCAAGGGCUCCAGGGGCAGAGGGAGCACACUAAGGGUCACGAAGCUUCACGAUCAGCCGGACAACAGCAAGUGCAACAGCAGCAGCAGCAACAGCAGCAACAGCAACAGCAGCAGCACCAACAGCAGCAGCUGCAACUUGAAAAGCAGGAACAGCAACAGCAGCAACAGCAACAGCAGCUGCUGCAACUUCAACCGCAGCAGCAACAGCACAUGCAACAGCAGCAACAGCAGCUUCAACAGCAGCAAGAACAGGUGCUGCAGGAGCAACAGCAGCAACAGCAUCUCCUGCUGCUGCAGCGGAAACAGUGGCAACAACAGCAGUGGCAGCAGCAACAGCAGCACGUUCAACAGCAGCAACAGCAGCAGCAGCAGCAGAAGCAGCAGCAACAGCAGCAGCAAGAACAGCGGCAGCAACAAAUGCGGCUCCGGCUGCUGCAGCAUGGGCCGUAUGACUCGCAGCAGCGUCUGUUGGUGGUUAAAGAGCACCCGCGGCAAGGGGACCAGCAAACAGCCGGCAGCGGUGUGCCUCUGGAGCAGCAUCAGCAAGAGGUUGGGCAAGAGCAGAAGCACGCGCGGCAGCAGCAGCAGUUGCUGCUAGAUAGCGAACAGCCCGCAGUGCCGCAGCCCCUCCCCAGUUGGAUAACAACCUUGCGGAGACACAAGAGACCCUUGGAAGGGACUUCUCAGGAGCAACAGCAACAGCAGCUGCACCAACAACAACAGCACCAACAACAUCAGCAGCAUCAGCAACCGGAGGAACAACAACAACAACAGCCACAGCAAGAAUUACAGCAACGCCAGCAGCAGCAGCUUAUUCUGCAGCAGCAACAGCCAGGUAAGCCGCAGGUACGUCAACUGCAGGAUAAGUACCAACAGCCGCAGAUGCAGCAGCAGCAGCAGCAGCCGUUGCGCCCGCUUCCCUGGCCUUCGAUUUUCGCACUUUGCGGUUGCCCUAUUUCCUCUCCCCCUAAUCAAAGGCCUCCUUCUGUUGCGGCAGAGAUAUACCAAAGAAGCAAACGCCUGCGAACAGCAGCAGCAGCAGCAGCAACAACAACAGCAACAACAACCCCAGCAUCAGCAACAGCACCAGCAACAGCAGCACCGGCAGCAGAAGCUGCAGCAGUAGAAAGUUUUGCUGCAGCUGCAACGGGGAAAAUACGGGUCCGAGUUGUCGGUGACAGCACCUGCUUCUCUAUCGAUGAGUCUUUGCUGCUGCCGCAGCAAUGCAGCAGCAACAACAACAACAAUGACAUGCUGGCUGCUGCAGUGAGACGCACUACAGUGUUCGCUGCGUGCAUACUGUGGAGUGAACCCCCAGAGCCUGUUGCUGCUACAGUGCACCACAGACGAAAGAGACGCAAGAGACGCAGCAGCACCAGCAGCACCAGCAGCUCCAGCAGCGUCAGUAGCAGCAUCGGCAACACGGGUAGCGACACUAGCAGUGACUCGGACAGAAACAGCAGCAGCGACAGCCGCAACAGCAGUGACAGCAGCGGCAGCGAUGAUGAGGCUACUGCAGACCUCCUUAGGGCCCGAACGGAGUAUAGGCAAGCAGCAAAGGAAGCCGCUGCUGCUGCUGUUGCUGCCUCUCAGAAAGACGCAACAGCUACAGAGCCGACAGAGCGCGCCGAAGGAGAGCUCCCAGUAGCAGCAACAGCAACAGCAACAGUAGCAAGCCCUGCUGCAGCCGAGCCUGUUGCUCUGCUGCUGGUUUCGCCCAUUGACGGCUGUUUCGUGGUCCCUCCAUUGAGGCAGGAGAGCAACAGCAACAGCAACAGCAACAAUACUGGCAGUAGAAACGACAACUGCAACAGCAACACUUGCAACAGCAGCAGCAACAACAAGAUGCUACGUUUCCCUGCUGCAGUGGAAGGAUGGCUAAGCAACAGGCAGAAUUGCCUUGUUGUUGCAGAUGCGACAGAGUGGGCCUUGCUGCUGCCUUCUUUCGGGUGUAUAGGCAGAUCCAGCUGCGGCAGCAAACUUAUGGACCCCAAGCUACCGCAUGCAAUGCUUCAGCCUCGAAGACCUCGUGCUGCACCUGCUGCUGGUGCUGAUGAUGAUCAGCCGUCCGCAGCAGCAGCAGCAACGGAUGGUGCUGCUGCUGCUGCUGCCGAUUUAGACGAGGCAGCCGCAACUCCUUCUGUUGAGGCGUGGUGCCGCAUGUACGACAUCCGCUUUACAACCCACUGCAGCAGCAGCAGUAACAGGAGCAGCAACAGCAGCAACAGCGGCGACAGCGGCGACUGCAGUCAAAAGUGGCAACGGAGCCUCGCGAGGGCUGCUUGUUGGGAAUGCUUUUGCCUUCUUGGCCUUUUAGCAGUAUGCUGA